CUGAAGAGCUUCCGACUCGACCAAUCAGAGCUUUGGGGAGAGAAGUUGAAAGUGACGAUUGAGAAUAAGAUGACCAGGAGAUCUGAAGCGAUGCUUGAGGGUUGCACGACAACUCUAGGCGUGCACGGGACGACGAAGCCGAUGAGAAGUUCGCCGCAGGCGACGAAGUACUGGAUGGGGGAGCUGAAGGCGACGGCGGAUCGGGGCUCGCCUCGUCGGCGUCGGAUGAGGAAGACCUCGACGGAGAACGAGGAUCUGGCGGAAGACUCGUCGACGGAGGCAGAGGCAAGGGGAAAUCCGUCGGAGCCGAGUCGUGUGAAGCCGGGGUCGACUUCUCGCCUGGCGCGCUGCUCGCUGCCGGAGAAGGACCAGCCGGCGACCAAGACGGAAAUGCCGCCGACAGAGGGGAAGCAGAGCGGCGGCGGCGUCUUCUGUCUCUGGAACCCUAGGACCUCGGUUCGGGUUGAGGAGCAGCAGCAGCAACAACGAGUCAGGCGGGCCGCGCUCAAAGUCUUGGGCCUCACCGCUCGGAUCGCCAGACUCAAGUUGGGCCAGUGUGUUGGGCCGAAUGGGUCAGAACUUGAGUUUGAACAAGCUGCAAAUGAGUUGAGAAUGGGGCCGAGACUUAAGCCUGUAUUCAGCAUGUCUGGGAGUGGAAGGGGCAUGAAGGACGUGCUUAAACAAGCAGAACGAUCAUGGGCUCAUGGGCAUCUGAGGUAA